UCCGAAUCUCUUUCACCUACCACUGGCUCUGUCGGCAACAAUCAAAUGAUAAUCAACCUCUGUAUCACCUCAUUCUGAACCCUGUUACCUUCUUGACUUGUAUUUAUUUUACGUGAUUUGGCUUUUUACCAUAUCUGAUUUGAGGCUGGUCCUGGCUUUUAUAUGUCACUAGUCCAGUGACACCCUUCUUUCUCCUUUCUUUCAUCCUGCUCUUCACGCGCAACACACAUUAAUCACACAUCACCAUGUCAUCAAGCCCAGAUCUCAAAGCUACAACGCCAACCGAGCCCGGAGUCGACGCCGCCGACCAGGAACAAGCCCUAGACGAAGCCGCCCAGCCCCCGACUCCCGAUGCGGGCGACGAUGAGAAGACUGGCGCUGCCGAAGCCGCAGACGAGCUAAACGAGCACGACCUCGUCGGGUCAGACGACGAAUCAAUCCUCUCAGAAGUCGACGAGGCGCAGUUUGAAGACUUUGACCCAGAGAAUGUCGAGAUCGAAGACCGCCCGCAGCUUGAUAUCGAUGAGGAGAAUCUGAAGCUCAUUGGGCGGCAUAAGCGGAAGAGGACGGGGGAUGAGGAGGGCUCAUCUAGGCGUAAGAAGGAGGGGCGCAGGAAGAAGAGCAGGCGGCAGAGGGAGGAGGAGGAGGGCAGUGAAGGCGAGGGUGGUGCGGCGAGAAGGAGGAAGAGCACAAAGAGGGUUGAGGUUGAGGAAGAUGAUGAAACUUUGGAUCCUGCUACGCGUCGACGAAGGGCGCUUGAUCGGGCUAUGGACGAGGCGCUGAAGAAGCCGACAAAGAGGAGAUUCAGAAAGGCGGAUGGAAUUGACUUGGAACAAAUGGCAGAUGCGGAGAUUGAGGAGAUGCGCAAGCGCAUGACCCACGCCGCGCAGAUGGAUGCGAUCAACAGACGCGAAGGCAAACCUGCUAUGCACAAGCUCAAGAUGCUUCCCGAGGUGGUGUCGCUGCUCAACCGCAACCAGUACGUCAGUAGUCUGGUUGAUCCCGAAAUCAACCUGCUCGAGGCCGUCAAGUUCUUCCUUGAGCCCCUCGACGACGGAUCCCUUCCAGCGUACAACAUCCAACGCGAUCUAAUGACGGCUCUGGGAAAACUGCCAAUCAACAAGGAGACAUUGAUUGCCAGUGGUAUCGGCAAGGUUGUGGUGUUCUACACGCGGAGCAAGCGUCCAGAGCCAGGCAUCAAGCGCAUGGCCGAGCGGCUGCUUGCUGAGUGGACGCGGCCUAUCCUACAGCGCAGCGACGACUACUCGAAGCGUGUGUACCAAGAAGCCGCAUUCGAUCCUACGUAUGUUCCCCGCUGCGUGACAAGCUGUACCAUACUGACUGUUAUAGCAAAAUCGCUGCGCGCACUCAAUCCAUCCAUGCCUCAGCUGCUGAAACCCGCGCACGUGAACUUCUUCCCCCGCGUCUUGCAAACCGUGCGCGGGCUGAAAUUUCACAUACCAGCUACACUGUCGUUCCGCGACCCACAAUGGUACAAGAAAGCAAGUUUGCGCGACCUCUGGGAGCAAGUGGUGAAGACCGAUUCAGGAGAAUGCGGGCGCGACAGAUUGCGGCGUCGAAGGGCACGCGACGGUAGUUUCACUUCUUAUUCAGCUUUGUAACCCCUCGGACCUUACCCCGGAGACCUCAGUUAUUUUUGUAUUUGCCACGGAACGGGCGCUCGGGCAGGAAAUAUUUGACCAAUGGACAUGAAGAUAGUAAUUAAGCAAAAGCUCGAUGAGUCGAGAUGAUUAAUCCCGGGUGGUUGAGUAGGCUUUAGUCGUCGGUAGUCCGGCAAGCAGAAUGCGGCGUUUGAUCGGGGUCGUACGAGCAUGACAAACCCCGAGAUAUGGCCGGCAGAUCCCGUAAUGCUGAGCAGACGCUACGCAGACGUCACCGGGCUUUGCUCUAUCCGAAUUCUCCCUUUCUCGUCAUCUGCGCAUCAGAAUUUCUCCUCGGAUUUUUUUCCCUUAUAAAGCCCAAUUGCCCCUCUCCAGGGUUCUGCACAUACAGAUAGAAUACAACGUACCUACACCUACUCUGCCUUGUGUAUCUCACCUAUCACACACUUCACACAUCACGCCAUGAAGCUCUUAACCAGAGAAGAAGAAGAAGCCCACUACCGGUACGCCACCUAACCCAAUCUGAAAGCUCCGGAUUCUCAAGAACAAAGCUAACUCAAGCUCAGUGAGGUCGUCAAGGGCGGCACC